AUGGGCCGAUGGUCUAGUGACAUUGACGAGUGUGCGAGCAAUCCGUGCUAUAAUGGAGCCACGUGUAACAACCUACUGGACCAAUACACGUGCGAUUGUACGGGUGGUUGGCAAGGCUAUGACUGUGAUGUUGAUAUUGACGAAUGUCUUAGUAGCCCGUGCAUCAAUGGCACGUGCACAAAUCUCCAGAACGCCUACAUGUGCACGUGCUUCCCAAAAUACACCGCUAGGAAUUGCGAUUACUUGAUCGGAUCCCCAAUGGAUGGAGAGUGGGGUCAAUGGGAGGCGUGGCAGGGUUGCUCUGCGACUUGUGGAACUGGACGGCAGCGUCGAUACCGUGCCUGUGAUGAUCCACCACCAGAUUACGGCGGCCAGCCAUGUGUUGGUGACGGAUUCGAUGAAACCAGUUGCUCUGGAGGAAGUGCUUGCCCUGGUUUGUAUUCAUUUUAAGACCUACUGCUUUGUUUUUUCA